AUGGCAUGGCGCUAUCUUAGUUGUAUGACAGGAAGUGGCUGGACUCUCUGCAGUCCCAGCACUUUCAUCCGGUACUCUGUAAAGCUCCCACCAUCACCCCAGCCUCCCAUGGGCAACUAUGGGUUCUCUUGGCAUAAGAUUCAGAUCGGAUCUAAUGAUGUUGGCCUGUGCGAGAGCCAGGAUUUCCAAAAUCUGUGA